UUAAAAAUAAAGUGAGUAACAAAGCCAAAAGUAGAUACUAUUUCAUUGCGUCGGUAAGCAACACUACUAGGUUCUUUUCAAGGUGCUUUUCUUUUAUGGUUUAAAUGUAACUUACUAUGGAAGUUAAGUCUCCAGGGGAACCACAAAAGCAGUACAAAGAAUUGGGGUUUCAACUCUGAAGCCUAAAGUCAUGAAGAAGCGUAAAGUCAUGAAUUCUGCAGAGAAGAUUGGCAACAACCGAGAUAUGUUAACAGAAAUCCUCCUCAGAUUACCAACAAAGUCACUCAUCAAAUUCAAGUGUGUCUCAAAACAGUGGCUAUCUCUCAUUUCAAACCCUCAGUUCUGUCUCUCCCACACUCGCCACCACCAACACAAUGGGUUUCUCGAGCCUACUGCUCUUCUGCUCAAAGUUAAGAACACAAUAUCCCCUGAAUUUGAUGUGGUUCCUUUGAAGCAUUACAGUGAAGUCCCCUUCUUUCAUUAUGUUAAUUCCCCUGACAUCAACAUGCUGCAAUCUUGUAAUGGGUUGUUUCUUUGCGAGACCCACGAUGAUGAUGUUGAUAAUGUCUCCAGGUACUUCAUCUGCAACCCAACCACUAAGAAAUUCAAGAUGCUAUCUUUUCCUAGGAACCCACAUGAAGAUUGUGAGUUUUAUGUUAGUUUGGCUUUUGAUCCUCUCAAAUCUCCUCAUUACAAGAUUAUUGCUAUUCGGAAAGUAUCAAAAAACUCUUUUGAGUUUGAGAUGGAUAUAUAUUUGUCAGAGACUGAUUCUUGGACUGUAUCCGGUAUUAGUUUUGAAGUAGGCGAUGAUGGCAGCAUAGCAUUUAAUGACGCCGUUUUCUGUAAUGGAAUCAUUCAUUGGAAUAGUUAUGGAGCCGAGUCACUGUAUUUUGAUGUAGGGCAGGACUGUUUGCAAAAAAUGCCAAUGCCAAUGCCAACGCGAAACAAUCUGCUUGAGAUUUAUAGAUAUUUUGGAGAGACCAGGGGCACUUUGUAUCUAGCAGUAGUGAUCCACCACGCGUUAAUUGGUCUUGAAUUAAAUGUUUAUGAGAUGGAAAGUGACUAUUCUCGUUGGUUCUUCAAGCAUCGUCUGAACAUUGGCGAUGCCAUGAAAAUUUUUCCUGAGCUAAACUUGGGUUAUCGUGGGGUUUCUCUUGGACUCUCUGCUGUGUGUUUUAUUCGAUCUGAGAAAGAAGAAGAGCCAAAGGUUGUCGCAUGGGCAGAUGGUAAAAUCAUUUUCUAUGAUUUCAAUGAUGGGGCGUGGAAAAAGCAUUAUGAUCCAGGGCCUGGAAUCAAAAUUGGCACACGUUUUUCACACGUUUUUUCUCAUUUACAUGAACAAAGAUUUCUUGCUUAUAAAUACUUUGAGAACCUCUCUUGUAUUUGA